AUGGUGUACGACUGGGAUGGCAAACGCGACAUCUGCUAUAAGAUGUAUAUCGAGGAUAAGAAGGCCCUCGAGGAGAUUAUGGAGCAUAUGAAAGUGUGCUACCAGUUUGCACCAAGUAAACGCGCCUUCCAAACCCAGUUCAAACGAUGGGGGUUCCCCUCGAAACAGAACCCAGCCCACAAGAACGCAAGCCUCGUCGCUCGCGUCAAGGAGCUGUGGGAGCGAAACACAAGCCAACGGGACAUGCUACGAAUACUCAACGAGGAAGGGUAUGAGAUCAAGGAGCGCGAACUGAUGCGACUCCGUGCGAAGAAUCGAUGGCUGUUGCGUGUCCCCAACGGCAUGAAGGCGCAGUCGACAAUGCCCGCCGCGACAACUGCGACAAUUCCUGCUACGGCUCCGACGGCGGCGACGCUGGAGGGUGAUGAGGGUCUGCUGGCGCUCCAGCAGGAGAUAUAUAAACCAGAUGGGAGCAUGGAGGCUGUGGGGCCACAGAUCGUGACGGAUCUCGGAGGGAUCGAGCCACAACAGCGGGCCCCGUCGCCUGGGCUGUCGCCGGAGGUACUAGCGAAGAGGAAGGCAAGGUUGGAGCGCUUACAAGCGGAGAGUGAGGAGAGAUGGGCAGCGCGGAAGAGACGGCGGAGAACAAGAGGGUGGGCUGGCCUACCUGCAGACCCGCCGGGGCCGCCGCGGUUCCCGUCGGAGACGACUAUUGAUGAGAGCAAACAAUAUCUGAGUUUGGAUAAUGAGAUGUAUCGUCAGCUGCGGGACCAUUUUCAGCGUAUUUGUGAAGAGGCUGGGUUCAUUAAGAAGACGCUUGCGGGACCGGAAAAGUGGCAAGCGGCAAAGAAUCGGCUGAUUGAUGAGUCUCCACAUCUGCGGAGUGUGUUCUGGCCGAAUUCUGGUCAGAUCAAGGCGAAGACGUUGGCCUUGGAUGUUGUGUGUACGGAUGUCACGAAGCGGAUGCGGACACUGCAGCGGAGGAUGACUAUUGCGGAGGCGAAGAAUGCACUCGGGAUCAACCCUGAGGAGAGCAGGCAGAUUCGGAAUGCGUUCUAUCAGACUCUCAAAGAAGACCAUUUCACGAGCAAGCUAGAAGCUGGGGAUGAACACUGGCGUGAGCUUAAAGAGAAAUGGAUCAGGGACUCCGAAUUGCUCCAGAACAUCCUGACCCCUGGCGAAGCCGAUCCAAACCACGCUAUAAAAGUCAAGGCCAUUGAGAUACUCUGCAGGGAUGUGAAUAAGAGACUUAGAGAUGAGAUCUCGAAGCGCGAUCCCUCCCGCAAAAAGUCCUCCUCUUCCACUUCCAACAACGUUAGCAAUACUGUUCAACUUGCACAGAGCAGCCCUAGCUCCGCCUACACCCGACCGCCAGCCAUCCGCAACGGCAUCAGCACACUCGCUUCCCAAGCCCUCGCCAGUUCCCCCAUGAUGUCCAGCGACAUCACAGACCUACAAAUAGAUCCGUCCCUCCUGCAGGGCUGCCAACGACACAUCCUUCUCCUUAAACUCAAACCGUCAUCCUCAUCCUCAUCCUCACGAUCAGGGAUCAUCCAGAACAUCGCCAAAUGA